CUUCCAUCAUCUCCACACUCCACACCCGAUCUCCCUCCAGCUACCGCACUCGACCCAAGUCGCCUCGUCGCACUCUACGCUACCUCGUCGCUGCGCCGUAUACGAUCGAUCGCCCUUUGUCAAUUCCUCUCCAUCGCAUCUGCUGCUGUUACAGUCGUCCAUCGCCACAAUGUCCGAGGCUUAUGAGCGCGAGCGCCAAAACAACUCGCGGCUCGACGAGCUCGCCAGCAAAGUCUCGGCCCUGCGCGGCGUCACAAUCGACAUCUACGACAACGCGCGCGACCAGCACGUCAUUGACAACUCUAACGAAGUCUUCUCCACAUUCGCAACCUCGCUCAAAGGUUCCGCCGGCCGCCUAACCCGCAUGGCCCAAGCAGGCAACAAGGUCGCGGUGCUCAAGCUUGCGGGAAUACUCGUCGUUAUCGUCGUCUUGCUGUAUUGGAUUGGGGGGUGGGUGUUUGGGGGGAGUGGGAAGGCUUAGGGGUGUGGGUGGGAAUGGUGGGUGAGGGGAGGAGGAUGGAGAACUUGGGAGGCUGUAAUCUGAGGAGGAAAGGACCAAAGACCGAAAAAAGACAGGACCUGGCAUGGCAUGCAUGGCAUGGCGAGGGAAAGAAAAUAUAUCACACACACAGCACAACAGCACAGUCCGCGGGCGGGCUUAAUUACUCCUUUCUACUUCUAUGCAUGGAUGGAUGGGAAAAGAGCGAGCGAGAAACAGACGGAAACCCAGACAAAGAAACAUACAUACAGCAGGCGACAGUGUCUGAAAUAACAUACACACAGAGAGAGAGAGCGCCAACAAGUUCGUGUGUACAGAGAGGGGAGA